AUGAGAGAAAUUAGAAAUGAAAUUAAAUCUCAUGUAAGUAGCAUCAUUACUUCAGCGAUGACCAGUCUAUCACUCGAAUCGCACAAAAAGUGGCACAAAUAUAACAAAAAGUCUGGUGGAAAAAUUACCGUACUAGAGAAGAAAAUUGAGUAUAUAAUUUCGUUCAAUAGUACGGUAGUCAACGACCUUAAAGAAGAAACAUCUAUCUUGAGAUCUGAAAACGAACAGCUUAUGCGGAAAAUUGAAUCGCUGGAUCAAGGAGCUAGGACGGAUAAGCUCAGAAUAUUCAACUUAGUAGAAAAAGAUUCAGACAACUUAUUUGAAGAGAUUAUCAACAGGGUUAACUCUCGUAUGGGAAUUAACAUCAAGCAGGAAGAUACCUUAGACUGCAGGCGGUUGGGGAAAAAACAAGAUGGUAAACGAAGAGGUAUCAUACUUAAGCUGAAUGGUUUUGUGAUGAAACAAAAUAUCUACAAUAAGAAAAAUUUGCUAAAAGUUUCUAACAUAUGUAUAAAAGAUCUAACUGAAAACCGGCUCAAACUCAUGGUGCUUGGUCAUAUUUAG